CUUGUUUCCCGAUCCCACGACUGGACUAGUUCGGUAUCGCGCGGCUUUAUCGCGGAUUUAAUUACAAGUCGAAUGGACAAUAGGAAGUUCAGUGGUAAACAGGGCAAAAUUAUUCCGUAUUGCGCGUGUGGCAUGGAUCUGACCCCCUUUCAUUGUCAGUCUUUUCUUCGGGUUCACUGGCGUGUGUCCAUUCACGCGGCGUGCACGUUCUUGGUUAGAGCGUUUUCGAUGCACUUGACGCAUACUGCAUUCACGAUCGUGUUUUAUUGCCGCAUUGUUGCUACCUCAGGAUCCGCUGAGCUAACACUCUAAUGCAGUAGUUCUCGAUCAUUUUUUUUCUCCCGCUCACCCUUUUCGUCUUGCGUCACUCCAGAUACCUAUUCACGAUUAGAACUUGCGUGUUUGUGAUUUCUCUAUAACUUCUGCUACUUUCGUCCAAUCCAUAAUGAAUUUUUAUUUUUUUUUUAGUUGCUUUUUGUGCUGCGAAUUUCUUACUCAGAAUUAAAACCUGUUUACGCCCUCGGGGGCUGUAGCUAUGCUUGAGCUACAGUACGGGGUUAGCAAUCCCGAGGUACCCGAGCUACAGAGGGACCAGUGGGCCCCAACAAACUGCUGACAUUCCUACUAGCAAUAAAUCAUUGGACGAUCAAAUAAUCAGGACCGACGCAACGGUAGACAUGUCGCUGGCCAAUUUCACCUUGCCGUAUCAGUCGGCGACGCCCACGCCAUUUUUCUACGGUGGUCAGAACGGAGGACACACGCCAGCGAACAACCUCCGUUUGAACGCGGUACUUCCGCCGGCACCAGCCAUAAACUUCAACGAACGCGAAUCCUUCCAAAAUGAACCGUACAUACCGCCCGCCGGCUACCAACAACAAAGACAACAGCCAUCGUUCAAUCGGCAGACGAGCACGAACCCGUUCGUUGAGCACUCGUCCUUCUCCUCGACGCAGGACACUAGGUACGCGAAUUACAAUCAGGAUUUUCGGAGGACCCAGCCGAGGCAGCAACAGCAAAUGAGACCGUCGCCGCCGCAGCAGCAGCAACUGCAACAACCGCACCAACCGCAACAGCCACAGCAACAACGAGUUCAAGGGGAGAGGGAUCAAGACGAUCUCAGGACAUCUAGGACGCCUGAACAGGAGAGUUAUCCUGAGAGACCGAACGGAUACACCAGAGUCCACGGAGAAGGCGGUAGUUCAGGCGCCAAGACCUCGGUCCACGCUGUCCUGGAUUACGACGACGAUUUCGACGACUACUACGACGACGACGACCAAGAAAUACCAAGAGACGCUCACGUCACGCCCAUUCAAGGUCCAAUUUUUCUGAAAAAUGGCUCGGUUCCCGUGGUGCCAUUGUACUCUUACCCUCAGCUAAACAAUGGCACGUUCGUGCAAAUACCGAUUCUCUGGACCGCCCUCUCUGUUGCUCUGGGAGUGGAAUUGAGAGGGGACUUGAUACGUGGCGUUCCAUGCAUUAAAAAAAACCAUCAGCUCUUCUGUCCAACUGCUGGAAAUGCAUAUCCGAUAGAACGGAUAGAGCGUUUUAUCGACGAAAAUAAAGCGUUGAUGAAGAGGAUGUACGGUGACUUUGAGAUGAGCUCGGGAUAUGGUUCAACGACGCGUGAACCCGGCCAUCGAACGCGUAGAAGAAGAAAAAGCAGGGAAGCUGGGGAGGACGACAUCCCGGACGGUGGUCCUAGUUUCCAGGACCCCUUGGAUCCGGAUAUCGAGGUUAAUGGUGACUCGUUAUUCGGUAACGUCAGGAAGACCAGGAAUCCGAGACAGUCGCCUGGAAAGAAUCGAAAUGAGAGCGGAAGAGUCGAUGCAUGUGAAUCAAAAGUGGAGAUCGUGACGCCAUACUGGGCCAGCAAUAGCGCAGGCAAAAUUCGUGCCAUCGUGAAUACUCAACACUUCGAACAGGCCAUUCACCAAGAGGUUUGCUCGAAAACAAAGACGAAUCGUUGCAGCGUGGACUGUGGCUGCGAGCAAAAGUACAAAUGGCACAGACUGCUCGCUUACGACCCUGAUAACGACUGCAAGGGGAUCUUCAUGGACUGGUUCCUCUUUCCCUCCUGCUGCGUCUGCAGAUGCGAUCCGCUCGCUAACAAAUUUUCCGCCUCGAGUAGUCGAAAUUGAAAUGAUUUCUCAGGAGUCUGAGCGUUUCCUAGGACUACGUCGUUGUAUUUGAAAUUCAAUUGCAGUCACGAAGGUGGGGAGACUGCAGUGCCGUGCACGGAUCGGGACUUCCGUCGAAUCGCGGAUCGGUUUAGUAUUUCCGUUCGCGUAGCGUGCGCGUGAAAGGGAAUUGAAUUUCAUCCAAAUGCUGUUUUGUUAGCCUCCCCGGCAUUCGUGAUCCCUUACAGUGACGUUUUAUUAAGGGGGUACGCAUGGGUACUUCAACUUCAAGGAUGGAUCGAUGAAGAACUACGUCAGAACGAAGUGGUAUCUUUAAAGUCGAGAGAAACACUUAUGUUUCGAUCUUGUAAAAUAUGAAUCGGGAACAUUAAUCAUUUGGGUUCUUUUCGUUCAAAGGAAACUUAUAUUUACGUCAUGGGAAAGAUUAACAAGAGAAUGCUAGCGAUCUGGGUUCUUUUCGUUAAAAAGAAGCAUAUUCAAAUUUAAUUCAUGCAAAAUGUAAAUAAGGAUACACCGUUUAUAAACAUUGCACUCCUUAAAAAUAAUAUUAACUGGUUUCAGAAAAUGAAAUUCGUUUAUGAUGGUAAUAGCAGUUUUGUUUGAAUUUCUGAAACUUUAAACAAGAAAGAGUUGAAGUCCGCCCUUACCUUAGGCUAGUUUCGACACACUUCCGUGCUUGAAUCUGUUAUUUAUAGAGUAUGCUGCUUCAAAAUAUCGAGGAAACGCCCCCGUUCUAAUUACAAGCAUUUCUCUAACGCGUUAAGUAAUAAUUGAAAUAAUUUUCAUAGGUAAGCAAUUAAGUAAAAAAUAAAGGUAAGAAUAAUAUUUUUUUUAUACAGACGUUCAUGUAAACGAGAAGUAUAGAAUAAAUACCUUAGGUUUUAGAAAAAUAUGCUUUCGAAUAGCACAUUUUUUUAAUUAUUUUAAGGAAUAGAAUUACGUUACUGUUACUGCUAUAAAUUAGUUUCUCAUUAAUCUUUUCUAUAAUUUUAUCCUAUCCCAACAAUUCUUUUAACGAAUACGAUAUUUUGUCUCUUUUAAAGGUUUCAUAUUUAAAUAAAAAUAUACAAUGUACAUACUGUUAUUAUUAUUGCUCUUAAGAAAACUAGUAACCAAUUGAAAUAAUUUUUUUAAGUGGGUAAAAAGUAAAGACACAUCCGAAAAUUACGAGAAACAUUUCGAUUCAGAUAUACAUAUACAUAUAUUAUAUAUAAUAAAUUUAAUCGGUUUUACAAAGUACAUAUCGCGGCGAUCCUGCUCUACUCUAAGGGAGAAAAAAAAAACAUAGCAACAAAGCAAUUUAUUCGCAGACAAACACCUAAUCUACAA